AUGAGAUUUAUUAUUUCAACGGAAAAUGACUAUUUUGAUAUAGAUAAAUAUAUAGGAAAAACACUAAACAUUACAAGUUGGAAGAAAUGGAAAGAUAUUCCAAAUCUAGAAGUUAAAGAAUUAUAUUUUAAUAUUCCUAUUAAUAAAUUAAUGGCCAUGGUACAAAAUUGUCCUAAAAGCUAUCUCAUUACGUACUUUUCCAGUUCAGCUGUCAGAGAAUUCACAAGAUUGAUUCAUAUUAAAAACGUUUUUGUAACAAAAGAAGGAAUAUAUAAAGACUCAAGUGAAAUUAAGUUACCUAACUCCAAGAUAAAGUUUAGAUCAAAGAAAAUUUUAUUCAAUGGCACAAUUUAUGAUAAAUUAAUUUAUGGCGUCAAUACUUGGGGAGCAUGGGGUCAUUUCCUUAAUGGAUCACCUUUAUCAGGUUUAUUAUACUUUCCCGAAGAAAUUGUCCGCCAAUCAAUGUUCUAUUGGCAAGUUCAAGAUAUGAGAUUCGCUCAUGAUGUCUAUGAAUUUGGAUUCCAAAUUGCUGGCAUUGCAGUGAUUGAUUCAACUGCAGUUUUUGUAAGAGAUCUUUAUAUUUCUGCUCCAAUUGACAUUGUCAAUGGACAAAAUCACUUUACAAGAAUGCUUCGCGAAAAAGUAUAUAAGUUUUAUAAGCUUGAAAAUGUUAUUCCGAAAUAUGGAUUGAUAACAAAUAGAAGACCUGGAUCAAAUAGAUGUGUGAGAAAUAUGGAUGAAUUUAUCAAAGAAAUUAAAGCUAAAUACCCUCAUAUAGAGUGGUUAUAUCGUAAUGAUUCUCAGCUAAUAGACACACCUCGUGCUGUUAAAGAUCUUGCAAAUACGAAAUAUUUUAUUUGCCCUGCAGGAUCAAAUUCUUUCAAAUGCGUCUUUUUGCAUGAAAAUUGUGGAAUGUAA